AUGGCCGACAACAAGCCCACGCUCCACCACUUAGAGGACUCUCAAUCUCAUCUAAUACUAUGGCUGCUCGAGGAAAUGGGUAUCGAGUACAACCUCGUGCUCCAUAACCGCGUAAACAAGCGCUCGCCCCCCGCCUUGCACGCGCUCCACCCCCUCGGCAAAUCACCCACGCUAGUUACGCCCUCGGGCCGUCUGAUCACGGAGCGCAGCGCCAUCGCCCUUUGGCUUAUCAACACGUACGAUGCAGGCGCGCCGUUCCGCCUCCCGCCGCCCCCGGCCUCGUCGCCCGACGACGACGCUGUGCGCGAGGAGCAGCUGAUCUCGCUGGGCGGCGCCACUCUCAAUCCCCUGCUGCUCCUUAAGCUAGUGUUCGGGCAGCUAGUUGCGCAGACGCCCUUUUUCGUGCGCCCAUUUGUUCGUGCUAUUCGCUACUUUCUCGACAGCGCCUUUUUGGACGCCGAGCUAGCUACGGUGUUUGGGUUUCUGGAUGCGCAGCUGGAGAAGGAUGGGGAGGAUGGGAAGACUUCUACGCGUGCUUACUUCUUGGGUACGGACGGCCCGACGCGCACUGACUUCGCGCUCAUGUGGUAUGUCGACUGGGCGUUCCAGUCCAAGUGGGUGGAUUUUGAGAAGUACCCCCGCGUUAAGGAGUGGCAUGCUAGGUGCACUAGCAGGCCGGCGUGGAAGAGGGCGCUGGAGAAGGGGAAUGGAUACGAUGUGAGCGGUUAG